AUGGUCAACCCUGUCUUUCUCCCGACUCAGGCAGCCCAUCACUACAGUCACCACCGCUUUACUAGCAGAAAAAGGGACCGUUGUCGACAAGCGCAGACACUGAGCGCUCUGGACCGCAGAAAGCGACAGUACAACAUGUCUUCGACAUCUGCCCAUCACCAACAUCACUCUGAAAGAAACAGUGAAGGGAGCAGUAGUUCCCAGAGGAAGAGAAUACCUGUUGCCUGCGGCCGCUGCAGGAAGAGAAAGAUCCGUUGCAGUGGUGAUAAUGGAAAUGGUGAUCCGUGCAUAAAUUGCUUAAACGCCGGGAUCAACGUCUGCCAGUUUCUUCGUAUGUCCUCUCAUGACGCAGACCACUUCAAGUCCGAGAGUCUCUACACAAGGAGCAUCCUGGAAGACAAUCGAGGCCAUCAGCAGCUGCGAGGAGGCGUCCUUGAAGCGCUGCCAACACAUAUUCCUUCCACCACCAUGACCUACGAUGGCAGCUCGACCGGUGGCGACGUCUACAGAAACAUGUCGAGAUACGGCUACCUGCCCAGCCAGGCGAGCAGAGGGUACGUUCCAUGGGGGCCGGCAUCCCACGAUUACUACGGAGACCACAGCAUCCAGGGUGUAGUCGGGUAUGCCCACAACGGACUCUAUACCGCGGGAGCCUGUAUGCUGCAACACCAGCAACAGCCUACGGUCCAGAUGAAGGGUCUUCCGGGGAUGGCAGGCGACUACGGAAGCAGCGUCGCCAUGCAGACUACGGCCUGGGGGAGGAGGGGCUCUGGCGAGACAGCGUCCGAAGCACACUCCCCUUCCAGUGGGAGCAGUGACAGGACCUCCGUCUCGGGAAUGUCCGUCUACGCGCCACCUUCGUCCGGCGGCGACAGCGCCUACGCCCAUCGAGGUCAUGAUGAGGGAGCGCAGUUCGCGAGUGCCGACUACAUGACUGCCACCGCGUUGUAUCAGCACACCACCUCGCCUCUCGCCACGGCUCGUCCGGCCGGCAGCAGUGACGGGGUUUAUCCCGGUGCUACCACUGUAGCAACUAUGGCGGCGUCCAUGACGUCCCCCACUGACAAGAACUCGCCGUUUUCUGUCCUGAGCCCGUAUGUUGACUCCAACAUGGCGACGUCGUCUUCGUUGCAUGCGUACAACGUGCCUGGGGAGAUAGGCAAUUAA